AGAAAAAAAGAAAUAUUUUGUCCAUAGAGCAGCGCUUAAAUAUUAUAGAGAGGUUGAAGGCUGGAGAACGUCCUCAAUCAUAAUCUGAGGAGUAUAAAAUUUCCAAACAAGCAGUAUCGUGGAUUAAAAAAAAUGAGAAUAAUAUUCUUCAGACAAAGGAAGUUUUAAAAUCCUGUAACGGCAAUAUUGAUAAGAAACGUUAUAAGAAGCAAGAAGAGAGUAUAUUGGAUCAAAAAUUGAUAAAAUGGUUUAGUCAGCAAAGAAGCAUGGGUCGACCAGUGUCGGCAAGUGACGGGUGGCUUGCCAGGUUUAAGAAGAGGUACGGAUUAAAAAACAAACAUAUUCAUGGCGAAAAAUUGUCGGCAGAUUUAGAAGGUAGUGAGGAUUUUAAAGAAAAAUUCAACAAUUUUAAAACAAUAACAGAUAUAAGUCUUGACUGUAUUUAUAAUUGUGAUGAAACUGGACUUUAUUGGAAAAUGAUGCCAAACAGUACAUUAGUUCAAAGGAAAGAAAAGAAAGCUGAAGGAUUUAAGAAACCAAAGAAUCGACUGACUGUGAUGGCAUGUACAAAUGCUUCUGGCACGCACGAAAUUCCUCUGCUUGUUAUCGGGAAAUCAGCACAACCACGCUGCUUAAGAGGUGUUAAGAAUGUACCUGUUCAUUAUAUCCACCAAGAAAAUUCAUGGAUGAUCCGUGAAAUUAUAACGACAUGGUACACCGAAAUUUUUCUGCCAGAAGUAAAAAAAAAACACGAAUUAGAUAAAAAUCCUGACACGAAAAUUGUUUUAAUUAUGGACAAUGCGGCUUGUCACCCACCUGCUGAAGAGCUCAAUAAGUUAUGUAAAUCAUGUACGGUUAUGUUUUUACCUCCGAAUGUUACAUCUCUGAUCCAGCCUUUAGACCAAGGCAUCAUUGAAAAAUUCAAAAGGCGAUACCGUAAUGAUUUAAUAGAAAAAAUUCUUCUUCAAGAAGAAAAUAAUGUUGAAAAUAAAGAUUUUUUCCAGUCAUUUAAUCUCUUAGAUGCAUUUAAUUUAUGUGCCCUUGCAUGGGAUGAAGUGACAAGCAGUGAUAUUAGAAAUUGUUGGAAAAAUCUAAUCCCACUGGCUGUUGAUAAUAGUGCUGAAAUAGCGCCAGUUACUUUGCCUAAAAAUGAAGCCUUCUACGCUAUUAUGAAACGAAUCAAAGAAUUCAAAAUUUGUACUCCUGCUGAAGUUGAGAACUGGCUCCAGAUUGAUUGUGAUGAUAACGGAUGGCAACUUCUGUCAGACAAUGACAUUCUGGAUGACCGGUGUAUUGCUGAGAAUCAAGAAGAAGAAGAGUUUGAUGAUGAAAUCUCGUAUAAUGAUCAAAAUUGUACGUUUGAUGAUUCUAUUAUAGAUGGUAAUUGUCCUACGUUCAUAGAGGCUAUGAGUGGAUUAAAAACUUUUUUAUAAUGGUAUCAACGUAAAAGAGAUAAUCAAGAUGUAUUUAAUGCCUGCCAAAAAGCUAGUCAAGAGUUAGUCAGAUUUGUGAUUUACAAAUAAAAAAAAAAAUUAUAUCGUAAGUU